CAGCCCGGCCCAAGUUCCCCCGCCUCUGUGCAGCUCCGGCUGGCGCAGGAGGGAUGGCGGCGGCCUCGGCUUUGGCGCUGGGCAGCGAGGGGCGACACCAGCUCAGGCGGGCGCUGCAGGGCCGAAAAUGGCUUUGGGCCUUGAGUACCAGAGAAUAUGCUUCUGUAACAGGUCAAAGGAAUAUUGAGAAAGUUCUCGUGGCAAACCGAGGAGAGAUCGCUUGCAGGGUGAUGCGAACCGCUCGGAAGAUGGGGGUGAAGUCGGUGGCAGUUUACAGCGAGGCUGACCGGAAUUCAAUGCACGUAGCCAUGGCCGAUGAAGCCUAUUGCAUUGGCCCAGCACCAUCUCAGCAGAGUUACCUAUCCAUGGAAAAAAUAAUGCAGGUGGCCAGAAACACUGCAGCACAGGCUAUCCAUCCAGGCUAUGGUUUCCUAUCCGAAAACACAGAGUUUGCUGAACUCUGUAACCAAGAAGGGAUAAUUUUCAUAGGUCCUCCUUCAUCUGCCAUCAGAGAUAUGGGCAUUAAGAGUACUUCUAAGGCCAUCAUGUCUGCGGCUGGAGUUCCUGUGGUGGAAGGUUACCAUGGGGAAGAGCAAUCGGACAAGUUUUUGGAAGACCAAGCCAGAAGGAUCGGCUACCCAGUUAUGAUCAAAGCUGUCCGUGGAGGUGGAGGCAAGGGAAUGAGAAUAGCAUUUACUGAAAAAGAAUUUCAGGAGCAAUUGGAAUCCGCUCGAAGAGAAGCAAAGAAGUCCUUUAACGACGAUGCCAUGUUGAUAGAGAAGUUUGUUGACAAUCCAAGGCACGUAGAAGUUCAAGUAUUUGGAGACCAACAUGGCAACGCAGUCUACCUGUUUGAAAGAGAUUGCAGUGUACAGAGAAGACAUCAAAAAAUUAUUGAGGAAGCUCCAGGGCCAGGAAUUAAGCCCGAAGUGAGAAGAAAGCUUGGAGAAGCCGCUGUUAGGGCAGCAAAAGCCGUGAACUACGUCGGAGCAGGAACUGUGGAGUUUAUCAUGGACAGUGCACAUAAUUUCUAUUUCAUGGAAAUGAAUACCAGGCUGCAGGUGGAGCAUCCUGUUACUGAGAUGAUCACAGGGACGGACUUGGUGGAAUGGCAACUGAAGGUGGCUGCAGGAGAGAAGAUUCCUCUGACUCAGGAAGAGAUUGUCCUCAAGGGACACGCAUUUGAAGCUCGGAUCUAUGCUGAAGAUCCCAACAACAACUUCAUGCCCGGAGCGGGACCUUUAUUGCAUUUGUCCACACCUCCUGCCGACAGCUGCACCAGGAUAGAAACUGGGGUAAGACAAGGAGAUGAGGUUUCUAUACACUAUGAUCCAAUGAUUGCUAAAUUAGUUGUUUGGGCAGAAGAUCGCCCAGCUGCUUUAAGGAAAUUAAGAUACUGCCUCCAACAAUAUAAUAUCGUCGGACUGAGCACCAAUGUGGAUUUCUUACUGAAUCUCUCAGUCCAUCCAGAGUUUGAAGCUGGGAACGUUCACACUAAUUUUAUCCCUCAACACCACAGUGAGCUCUUUCCACCCAGACGGUCGAUUUCAAAAGUGACUUUGUGCCAGGCAGCUCUUGGGCUCAUUCUGAAAGAGAAACUGGUGACUGAUACCUUUAGACUCCAGACAGAAGAUAAGUUCUCUCCAUUUGCAUCCAGCAGCGGCAGGAGAAUAAAUAUCCCCUAUGUUAGAAACAUGAUUCUCCUGGAUAAUGAAAAAAAUGUGAAUAUUGCCGUACAGUACAAUCUCGAUGGAUCUUAUGACAUGCAGAUAGAGGAUCAGUUUUUCCACGUUUCUGGUUGCCUCUCAAGGGAUGACAACAACAUAGAAUAUAUAAGAUGUUCAGUGAAUGGAGUUGUAUACCAGUCCAAAUUAGUAGUUCUGGACACUGCCGUUUAUCUCUUCUCGUCGGAAAGUCAUGAGCAGAUUGAUCUUCCAGUGCCAAAAUAUUUAACUAGCACGAGUUCAGGAGGAGGUCAUAGUGGGGCUGUAGCUCCCAUGACAGGGACAGUGGACAAGGUUUUUGUAAAAUCUGGAGACAAAGUUCAAAUUGGAGACUCCCUUGUGGUGAUGACAGCUAUGAAAAUGGAGCAUACCAUCCGGGCUCCCAAGGCAGGGAUAAUAAAGAAAGUCCUUUAUCAGGAGGGUUCACAGGUCAACAGACAUGCUCCUCUUGUUGAGUUAGAAGAGGAAGACUGAUGCAGAAUAAUCCCCAGCGAUUGGAGGAAGAACUGCCUCCAAAUUCUUUGCUCACGAGAAUGAAAGAGAAGAGUCCAAGGAUUGGUUUGCCUAUGCACAGCCAUGUUUGAUCAUCCUCGGCGUUUCAAUAGUGAUCCUUUCUUAUUGCUGGAUUUCUUAGCAGUUGAUUACUCUCCAUGAAAGCAAAAAACGGUCCCCAAUGAAAAAUAUUUUAGAUCUCCACUUGAGAGGGUGUCUUACAAUAGAAAACUCUGAUGCCUGCAUGGGGAGUCCAAACAUCUUCCUCCAAUCUUACCAAUAUUGCCUUUUUGAGAAUUGGGACUUGAAAAGUUUGUGAUUAUAUUUUCAUUAAGCCAGCAGUGUAAUCGGAUAGUCCUGGAUGAGCUGAGUUCUCACAUCUCCAUUGGCAUAAUAAUAGCUUGAUCCUGGACAGUCAGUGUGGAUGAAGAAAUCUGGACUGAGUCCACUAAAGAACAGAAGAUAAUGAAGUAAUGUACCUUCCUUUCCAGAAUCUGUACUCAUUUGAGGGAUCAAUUAUAGGCAGAAACUUUUUCCUCCA